GUCAUUCUGUAGCUGACUGACUGUACACGUCCAGUGACUCGGUGUUGGGGACCUCCGUGAUGUGACUCAUACUAAAGGAAGUGUGGCUGUUACAUUGAAGAAAGAGAAAGCAAUUGUCAUUAAUAUCUGCGACGUUUGACUGAUUUAGAAGAUUAAUAAUACUCUGGUUUAGGAUGGACGAGUCGGAUUCAGUGCCUUCUGUGAGAUCCAUAGAAAUUAAACCGCUGAGGAGGUCAUUAUCGGCUCAACCGGAGGAAUUCAUCUUAUCCUCCUCUCCAUAUUCAACGCAUCGGAGACCAAAAUCUCCCGGACGCAGCCUGACGGAGAUAUUUGUACGCAGACCCCACCAUGUUUCCCGAUCUAGUUCAAUUGACCAACACAGGCUAGAGAGGAGGAGGACUGUUGCUAUAGGUGAUCCCAGUCUUGAAAAACCGCCGAUUGUCAAAGAAGUUAAAGGUGGGAGUUCCUUAGAUAGAUCCUUACCAUUACAUGAAUCUUCAUCUAAUAACGACCCUGUGACGUCUGAAGUACCUGACGAGAAUGUUUUGAGAAAGCGAUCAAGAAAACCCGUGAAAAACGAAGGAAAACAGAGUCAGAAGAAAACACCAUCUUGGUCAGGGAAAAUUUUAAAGACAAUUAAAAUGGUUCUGUUUUGUAUGUUAGUUCUGUUGUUGUCGGUGUUUCUGUUAACAUUUGGAAUAUCGGCAUUUAUUGAUUAUCAAGAAAAGGAAUGUGAGGCAAAGAGGAACAGGGUCUUGCCUCUUGAUGAGUUAAAGGAACAACUUUCUAUGAAUGUAUUGGGUCAAGAUAUGGCUAUAGACAUAAUAUUAGACACCUUUGGGGAAAUGAGGCCAAAUCAAGUCAGAAUUCCUCUCAUAAUUUGGUUAGUUGGCGGGACAGGGAGCGGAAAAACACAAACGACGCAGAUAAUUAAACACGUUUUCUCGGGUGCGUACAUGGUACAAAUUGUGUUUCCUUCCUUCCUGCCAAGAGACGACAGUAGUCUAUACAAGGAAAUGUCUUCCCUCUUUCACAGACUUGAUUCUUGUUCCCUCAAUUUGAUAGUUAUUGAUGGAUGGGAUGAAGAAGGUAACUUUCCUGUUGAGGUUUUAGCCAAAUUUAUUACCAUGGUCCACAAAUUUAAUGCUGAGGGCAACGAGAAAGGUCAGAUUGUUAUUAUCGUUAGUGGCACACGAGGCAGCGAGGAGAUCAACGAUUACUUUGUUGAGAUGCGCCAGAGUGGAACACCGAGAGCAAAUCUUAGCAGUGAGGAAUUCGUUGAUGUAAUAUCAGCCUUGGAUGAAUACAAACUACUGAACUCCAUAACCAAAAACCUUGUAACUGUGCCUUUUUUGCCUUUAGAAGUUACUCAUGUUAAGAUGUGUAUCAAGGAAGAGCUUGUAAAGUUAAAGAAAACAGAAAUAUUAUUAAAGGAGGAAAAAGUACAAUUGAUAACUAAACAGAUACUUGAUCACCUUGAAUUCAUACCUGAGUCACAUCCCCUGGUGGCAGCCACUGGGUGUAAGCGUGUUCAAGCUCUCCUUGCGCUGGUGCUCUCGGGCCCUAGAUAAUUAGCAAAUUUAUGUAUUUAUAUAUACCAUUAUAUUUCUUCUGUAGGGAUCUCUGUACUGUGUUGUGUUAUAUGUGUGGGAUGGAUGAAGGGACAGAAACCUAAAAGGAAAAGAUAAAAGAGAGGUGUAGAGAAUAACAGGAAAAGGUGGUGUAGAUUUUGUUUAUUAAUAUGAUAUUCACUACACUAUUGUCUUUACACUUGUUAUCCAAUUAAUCCUUUUAAAUUUUUCUGAUGUCUUGUUUCUCAGUAUUCUGUGUAUUAAUUAUCUCCUUGUACCCAGAUCAUUUAAGAUGUCUAUUGACUGUUGUUAGUGUACUUCAAUUUUUUAUGUUCAACUGUAUUAUAUUUUUUAAUGGCAAACCUCUCACUUUAAACAUUCCUGUAUAUAGUGGAAGCUUCGUAUAAUGGGUUUUUCUCCCCAUGUAAUCCGCUAGAUGGAGGUUUCACAUAUAAUGGACCCUUGAUAUACAGUGAUGGACUUUCCUCUCCAUUUCUUCUGUUAAAUAGAUGUUUCACUGCAGCAUAAUAGCAGUAUAAGGACUGUUCAGCCAGCCAGCCAGCCUUCUCCUCUACUCCUAUACCAGAAUUGAACAAACAUUACAACAAAUAUUUUAUGAGAUGAGAAAAUAACUAUGCAUGUGUCAGAUAGAGACAGCCAAUAUUAUUAACCUUGUGAUAUUUUUAUAUUCACUAGAAAAAUAGAUAACUCAGUUUAAAAGUACACAUGAAUACCCACCAAAAUAAAUCCUGUCAGUUCCCUCUCCCAUCCAUGAACCCUGAGUCUCAUGAACCUGUGAAUCCGAGACAUCGCACAUUGUUGGGUCUGUAAAAGGUGCACCGUGUAAUGUCUCGGGUUCACAGGUUCAUGGAUGGAAGAGAGAAUGGAGAGGACUUUUUUUGGUGGGUGUACUUGUGUCAACAUAACCACCAGCUGCUUCAACAUGAGGAGGCUGGGAAUAAGUGCUGCACUGUAUGUCUUGUGCAACGGGAAAGAAAUAACUACUCUAUAGACUUUAGCAAUAAUUUAUAAAGAGGUUAGUAGAAUUUUAUUUGCUAACUAUUUUAUUUUUAUAGAGAUUUAAUGGUGAAAUUACAAGAGGAUACAGGUAAUUAAGUUAAAUCCUAAAAUAAGUAUUUAAUGACUAAAUUGUCAUGUGAGACAUAUCUAUCCCCCAGUUACUUAUUACCAAAACAUUAUGUUCACCAAUAGAAAAAGGUCCUGUUGUCUCACCUCCUGAACUAUGAACCCCGAGAUUCAGACUUGUGAAUCCGAAGCAUUUAUGGACAGAAAAAUGCUUCAGUAUCAAUUGCUUUGGGGUUCGUGGCUCAAGAGGAGAGGCGACAGGGCUUGUGUGAGUGGCUACAGUAUAGUGCUUUGUGGGAAAUGUUUUAAGGCUUGUUUUUGGAUUUUCUUUAUAGCAUAUCAAAUGGGUCAUCUGAAAAAUCACCACCCUAGCUUAUUUCACCUAAAGAUUAAUCACUCAACUUAACACUAUUUAGAAGGGAAGAGAUUAGGUUAGGAUUAGCAUUAGGGUGGUUAGCUAAUCUGGAGGUGAAAUAAAGCUGUAGUGGAGAUUCUUCAGGUGAUCUUAUCAAAGUAUAGUUGUGGUCCUUUAAGACAAUUAGGUUAUUUUUGUGUUACUUAGAUACGUUCUGGGUGAAGGUUUACAUGUGUGUGUGAAGAGUCGUGGUUGUGUCGUGUGAAUGUGAUUUGAUGUAAUUGAACUCUUGAUUUUACUCUAGAGAUUUUAAUAUGUAUUUAUAAUUAUUCUUACAGUAUUAUUAUGUGACAUGAAUAUCUAAAAAAAAAUUCUUUGGCUUAUAAACUGAUAUUAUAGUAUUUCAUUAUAUAUGGACUUUGUAUCUGUUCAAUUGAUCGUUCAUUUAUGCCACUAAACUGAACGUGAUGAAGGUCUUCUCUUAGGGGGGUCGUGGCAGAGCUCAAGUACCCCCCCCCCCCACAAAAAACAUAAUAUAAUACUAUUAUUUUUUUAACCCAGUCUCUAUGUCUUCCUGUCGAUGGAAUUUUAAGGUUCAUUUGUACUUAAGGUGACCCGGCCAUACUAGUUAAGAGGGUCCUUGAGGGUCUUACAUAUGAUCCCCAGUUCCUAUUCAAUAAAAGCAGGUUGGUGAUUGGAAGGGCAACCCGUCUUAACACUAGCUUCAAAUGUGCCAGAUUCCGGUGAUAUUUUGGUUGGGGAUUCUUACAGCUGGACAGUUUUUAUAUCUGUCCCUUAGGGUGAAACUUCUGUUUAGCGGAUUUCUGUCUAUAUAUAUUCCAUUAAGUAGGGGUGUCGUAUCUAAUGGACCCCCUAUAUAAUGGACUUUCAUCUCUAUGUUGUUUGUUAGGUGGAAGUUUCACAUAUAAUGGACCCUUGAUAUAAUGGACUUUCAUCUCCAUUUAGUCCAUUAAAUAGAGGUUUCACCACAGUAAGAGUUAUCCCACACCAACUAUUCAUGAUUAUGUGGCUGUGUCCAUAUUAUCUCCUUUAUAAACUGUGAUCAUAUACUGUACAGGUCUCCAGAAAUAAAGAAAUUAUUUAUGAA